CUACCACCCACGUAGUAGCCUAGCUAAUGGACAAAACGGCAGGAGUCAGGAAAUGGGCUAAGUAGACUCAAUAACAACCUCAGCAGUUGUAGGUAUAACAAGAACAAGAAGCAGGUAAUAUGCAUCACGGUAAUAUGAGGCUUUUCUCUAAACAUCAAGAACCUCUGAAAUACAGAAACAAACACAAGGGCUAAAAAUUGUAUAAAUUACCAAAAAAAGAAUGUGAACGUCGAGGUCGUCGUCGCGAUAUAAAUAUCGCGAUGGCCACCACGGCGCAAAGAUACGACAGGGCUUAAAUUCGGUAGUUGCGUCGCUUGACGAUGAACACGACCACUUCUUCAAACAGGAGUUUUGGGGUCGCGAAUCAAUCGAAAGCGAACACCAGUCGUGUUUCCCAGGGAGAAGAUAGCGAGCUUCGUAUUGAACGAGGAGGAGCGCGAGAGCUACUCCUUCAGGAGAAAGAGCAAAUACCCCUUCCGCAGAAGAACCGCGAAGAGGAAAGCGAGACCCUCCAGUGUGCUGCUGCUACCUCUUCACCGCAUAGUGCCACGUCAAUCGUAGCAUCGCCCAGCGGCGCAUCGACAAGUCCUUCUUCUGUUGUGUUCGACAGGCGAAGAAACCUGUUGUGUUGUGGUUUCUCACCAAGAAGAAGAGAUCUCCAUCUCGACUUUGAGAAAGGCCCUACCAGCGGAUGUAAAGAGGAGGUCGAAACCAAGAAGAGCAAACCCAGUGGAGAACAACAACAAGCGGAAGCGCUUUACCGAGUGGAUGUCUCGCCGACAUCCGAAAAAGUUGGAACCCUUCGCGUUACUUUUCAAGAUAAAACUACAUCUUCUUCAACAACCUCAAGAAAUAGAAGUUCUUCUUGUUCCACCACUUCGAACAAUAUCACAGUCAACACAACGACACAAAACAUGAGCAACAACACAGCACCCGCGCCCGGAGGAAAGAAUAGGAAUUGUAGUAAAGGCAAGGGCCUUUUUGUGGGCACCAGUUUUGCCACGUCGUCAACCGAUCCUAAUGCGUUCCGCGGAUCAGACCAAGGCACAUCCUCAGAUGAAGGAAAUAACCCCUUAGAAAUGUCGCUGACGCUUCAGGGAACAGGACCUGGAGGGAUGAUGAUGCCAACUAUUGGUGCGUCCUCUGCUGAGCCACCACCUAGUGGCAGCACACAAACACAACAUCUGAGUGUGGAUACAAACCUCCUCCCACCUGCUAAUAGCAUUCGAGGACCAGGUCCGGGAGGAAGUAGAAGGCCUCCUCCAGGAGCAGGUCUUUCGGUUUCAGCCGGUGCUCCUCCUCGAAGAAUGCUGUCGCUAGAUAUAAUAUCACCAGGAAGCACGAGUGCCAACAGCUCAAACGUCGCGACACCAUCGAAUGCAACUGGAGGACCUGGAACUAGUAUUGCCUUAGACAGUGCUGGUGCUGGAGCUGGAACAAGCGGGACAGUGAAUUACCCAGGUGGUGGUGGGGGACAAGUGCAUCCGCAGUAUGGACUUUUAUGUCAUACUAGGUUCCAGUGUCUCUCCUGCAUCUCAUUAUAGCGCGUAAAUUAUGUGAUUGCUAUUCUCAAUGAUCUCAACAUCUCUUCUUCUAACCAGAGCUGCGAGGAAUCUGGCCAACCUUCCACCAGUCCAACAUGUAUUACACGCACAUCCGUACCAUCCACACACUAGUAGGACUCCGCAAUCAGGUGCAUCCUCCAAUGUUUCGAAAGAGUCUAGUACUCAAAACCAGCUUCUCAGCAUGACCCACCAGUCCAGACACUCUACCACCUACGCUUCCGCAGCGUCAACGUUAGCUCGUUUCUGCGAGCUAGGUGCGUUACAAGCGAACACGUAUGUUAAGGCACAAAUAAUGAAUCUCAUGGUCAGCCAUAUCUUGUUGGAUUCUGACCUCAAACACUUAGGCUUUAUUGUUCGUCGUCAUUGAAGACUCGUCGACUCAGCAUCCUCUUCGUCCUUGUCACUACUCACAGGUUAGGGUGAUCAGUCCUAUCUUGUUACUAGGGUCAGUAGUCACGAUGCCCUCCAGAACCAUCUUCUAAUCGCCACUAUUACAUCUUCGAUUUCGACAAUGUUCUUUCCUCCGUGAUGCUAGGGCAGCGGAAGAGUACAAGGGAACACCAUAGAGAAUGCCGACAAAUGGGAGCUGUACAAAUGCAACAGAUGUUAUGACUUCAUUGUGUCUACUAGGCUUGGUUGUAAUCUUCAUAUUGCUGCUUCUGUAGAUGAAAUGAAUUCACUCCUGAUCAUACUUCUGCUAUUACUCUUACUGUAGCAAUGAAUUCCCUCCCUGGCUCCUAUGGGUGAUGCAGUAUAAUGAAGUAGCAGUGCAUCCGCAUAGCAUCAACAUUAUACAGUUACUUCUCGUCACACACGACUGUAGUGCUGACUACGCCUUAGUAUGUCCUCACUUUCAUCACCCAGCGGUGGAGGAGCUCCCGGAGACUUCGAAAGGGGUCCAGCGCAAACUCCAGAACCUCCGUAUGCACAAACCAUUUUCAGUGGCGACAUAGAGGAGGUCUCGGUCAGGGAAUUCGGAGGACAGGAACGCGUUUUGCUGUUGCAAGAGUUGUUUGUUUAUGGGUGAGUGGUAGAAGUAGCUCCCUGCACUUUCGCUUACCUCAAGGUUUGUCCAGAGUUGCCAGUAUCACAGAAAUACUAUACUGUCAGACCACGUCUCUACGGUCACCAUGAACGGCGACAACAGGGACAACAGCAUAAUAUUAUACUUUGAGGACAAGAACUUGAAAACUAGUGCGCGAACUACUUACUACAGUGGCACUGACUCGAUGGCAAUAACUGAGCAUAUUAUACAUCUAGAUCGAUUGCAGUUCAACUGUUGCACUGAAAAAGAAAAGGGUGAACCUGAUCUAACUCCUACGUUUACUGCAGAGAGGAAAGCAGUUUUGGAUCCUGAGCCGCGGACGCGAGGCCCGCAUCAAAGUAGCACUGCGGAACGUGAACCUGUUGCGUUUCUUUGAGUUAAGGAUCGUAGUGGGUACUUCUGUACAUAAAUGAUUUAAUUCUACUAGUUAUUUGAAUCACAUCAAUUAUGUCACGUUUGGUUUCAUCAUCCGCUUUAGAGGAAAUUCUUGAUUUUGAAGUAAGACUAACAGCACUAGACCAUCUAGAAGAUGCUUUACCAUCAGCUCCCUCUUCUAACCCAGCACAACGAUCCUACUAUGACCACGAUACGUGAGAUGUCCACAGCAGGAGCCAGCACAAGUUCUUCUUCAGAUCAAGAAGGAACUGGUAUCGGUAUGAUGUUCAGCAAUAAUUUCACUGCCAGUAAUCUACCACCAGACCCUUCCCCUGUAGUCGUCCCAGGUCGAAGCCCAGUGUUUCACACACCGUUAGCAAGCGACCAAGGGCUUGGGCCGGUUCCGAUGCUCCCUUCUCCUGUCGAAGUAGAUGGACAUGCGUCUCUAGUGAGACAUGUUUAUGAGAGGUGACAAAAGCAUGAUGAGGUCACUGGAGUUAGUGCUCUCUUGAUCAUAUUAAGCAGCUAAAAAACAAAAAAAUCAAUCUGAUGAAUUCUUAAGUAACCUCCUACCAUAGCAGGCAAUUGGUAACUCCCCCGUUGGCUUCGUGGUGUGCUGCAAAUCUUGACUGGCUUCUUCCUUUUCAUAAGGAUGAAGAGGAUUAGGUCCAGCGACGCGUAAAGUACUAAAGUAAAAGAGCCGGUCAGUUUUCCCUCUAUCCUUAGGCUUCAUAUCCCUUCAAGUAAUCUUUUGGGGCACGUUUAUGAGAAAGGCACAAGAAACUACAAAAAGGUCGUUCGUACUAGGAAAUAUCGUGGAUGAGGAAACCAUGUUGUUAGAUAAGACCACGAUGAAGAAAGGUCCUGCUUCCCACUACUUGCUUCUACUCUCCAUUGUCUGUCUCUUUUCAUUUCUGCGACCAGAACGGUGUCGAAGAUGACGGCAAUCCAAUGGACCUGCUGCAGCCACUAUCGCCCAAUACUGCCGCCCGUCGUCCUCCGCCUAGUCCUAUAAACCCUGACUACUUGUCGGUCUCGAGCAAUACUCCCUUCCAAACGCCACUGAGCUCGACUUUCGACAUACGAAACUACGAUGCUAGAGGAAGGAUACUUGCGAGUGGUAUUCAAGAUGCUUGUCUCUUAACCAAGCAGCUUAAGACAUGAUGGAGGCAGGAUCCUUAUUCUAGAUCUAGAGCUAGAGGUAGUUCUCCAACAAAUCGUAUUUAAUCAAAGGCCUUCGUCAAUAAUUUUCAUUUUUUAUCACUUAGACGACGGAACAGAGUCACAGACUCAAUAAUGAAAGACAACAUCAACAUCUUCACCAUAUUAACCCUUUUCUCUUCACCAUAACCCACGACCAGAUACCUUACAUCGUCCAAGGGGUAUGUAUAAAGGCGACCAGAUCAUGAAUCUGCUGAAAGCCAAGGAUAAUUCCGUACCUCCAACGGACAGGGUGCUCUUCAUAGACGACAAUGAGGGAAAUCUGGAUUAUGAUCAAGGGUUCGAAUGUGAAUGAUGUUGAUACAGGUACAUGCGCAAAAGAGGAAGCAGUGUAACCGAAGCGCUAGAAGCACUGGAUUGCACUAUAAUCACGUAAGUUCUUGAGCAUACUAGUUCUUGUAUCAAGAUCGACUGAAACAGUACUACCUUUUACAGCCAAUGCCGUCGUGGCCUACCUACUUUUUGGUUGUCUCUUUUAGAUUAACCGCAUGUUGACGAGAGUCUAAUUGAUUCUCCUAUUCACCUCUAAUUACCACUCGCACGCGACAAUGUGACGGUCUAUCAGCCACGCGCAGGCAUGCAUGGAACAGGGAUGAGCUUGGUGGAAAUACGCUACUUAAUCGCAGCUCUGGAUGACAUGUCAGGCGUUGUAGUACCACCACCGAUUCCAAGUAGUACGUAGAACGCGGCCACAAGUAGAACGCCACGUCGAAUCUCCAGCUAGUUGUAGUACGCGGAGGCGCAGGCCAUUUGCAGGCGGAUUUGUUUUUUGGAGAACCUUAUCCUGUUGUGUAACAGAUACAAUCUAGUAGCAGAUCAUGAACUUCUUUUUCUAAGUAACAGCAUUUUUUCCAACUCCAUCUUCAUUCUUCUUUUUUUCUGCUACUGUACUCUACGUAUGAUCAUAAUCGUGAUAUCCUCUUGAUUGUGGGCUGAAAGUAGUGAAUUCUUCACAAAUAUUUGCUUUAGAUAGUGGGCUCUUCGUUUAUUCGGUGUGGGAGCUUGUGCUCUGCAGAUCAGAAUAUCGCUGAAGGUACAGAAAAAGUUAUCGUGAUAAAAGAAAAUAUACAACUACCCUAAUUCUAGUCCUUUCUUGAGUUCCUUUCUUUCGCUACGUAUUGAUGUCGAAAUUCAAGACGUGCUGAUGAACAGUUACACACUCAGAUACUUGAGUGACAACAACCAAAUAAAAGUGCUUCUUUCUUCACAUGGUUAAGGGAAAUCAAUCAUGAUAACCCCUUUUCUUGGUCUACUUCCAAUUCUCGCAGACGAACGAUCUGUGCUUGUACUAGUAAGGAAUCAACAUCUUCUCGUCCUACUUCGAAAUCGCAGAUGAAC